AUGAGCUUCAAGGCCAAUUACUGGACCGCUUCCAGCUCUCGAGAAGCCCAGGACGAGACUGACUCUAGAUCCGGGGCCACUGGUUCCGAAGCUUCCACUUACGGGAUUGCUGAGGCCAUGAAUCCUCUCAACCAGCUCCUCCAAAUCGAAGGGUGGGAAGGCCUGGUUCUUCCAUUCGAGGAUAUUUUUAUCGCAUGGGGGAGAGCGAUAAGAAGCAACACCACCGUUGAUUUCUUGUGGAUGGUCGGGCUGAUGGGACCAGAACCGGAGUGGGCGCAGGGUGACAGUGUGCACCGUUUCACCCACGCAACCUUAUGA